AUGGACGAGAAAUCCUCAUACCCACCGUUCCCAAAGGUCUCCUUUGGCCAAGCUCUCGGCAUCGGCCUCGCCGCUGGAUUCGCAGGAGUGGCCGCCCUGACGGUCUCGAACAAGCUCGAGCAGCUCAUCACCCAUCGCCCGAACUCCUACGUGCCCGGCCACACAACCGGCAACCUUCUCGGCCUCUCUCGCGACCGACAUCCGGACGUGCUGAACCACUUCCACCACUGGGGCACGGGCAUCAUCGCCGGGCCCGUCCGCGCGCUGAUGUCGUACUAUGGCAUCAUCGGCCCCUUUGCCUCCUACGUCUUCACCUUCAUCCGUCUCGGGCUAGAUCAGACGCUCGAGAACACGGCGGGGACGAGCGCGCCGCCGUGGACGUGGCCGAUCAACGAGCAGGUCAUUGAUCUGCUGCAUAAGGGGAUUUAUGCCCUGGUGACGGGGUAUAUUACUGAUAGGCUGGUGAGAGGGGUUACGUACUUCAACAACUCGGACUGGUGA